UUCCCGCCUUCACAUGACAUUUCGAGGUUAUGUCGGUUUUUUGUAUAUUUUCUACUUGAAUUUUAUUAAUUUGCGGUUUAUUCGUUACCAAUUUAAGCAAAAUGCACGCCUUCUUAAAAUCCGGUAAAUUAGGAGAACCUUCAGAUGACAAAAACAAAUCCAGCACGUCAGACUCCUCCAAAAAGAAACAGCAAAAAGUGCAAUGGGUCGAGAAAUAUCGCCCCAAAACCGUAGAAGACGUCGUAGAGCAAAAAGAGGCCGUUGCGGUACUGCAACAGUGCAUCUUGGGGGCCGAUUUGCCCAAUAUGCUCUUCUACGGUCCUCCGGGUACUGGCAAAACCAGUACCAUAUUGGCAGCGGCCCAUCAGUUAUUCGGCGACUUACAUAAAGAGAGAAUACUGGAGUUAAAUGCUUCCGAUGAAAGAGGGAUCCAAGUGAUCAGGGACAAAAUCAAAACCUUCUCCCAAUUAACGGUGAAUAACAGUCGAGCCGAUGGCAAAACUUGCCCCCCGUUAAAAAUCGUGAUCCUGGAUGAGGCCGACGCUAUGACCAGUGCGGCUCAGGCGGCCCUCAGGAGAACCAUGGAAAAAGAAACGAAAACCACCAGAUUCUGUUUGCUCUGCAACUAUGUCUCGAGGUUAAUCGAACCGAUCACUUCGAGGUGUUCCAAGUUCAGGUUUAAACCUCUUAAUGAGUCUUUUGUUAUGGAGAGGUUGCGACAGAUUGCUAAGUCUGAGGAGGUGUUAAUCACCGAUGAAGUGUUGAACGCUUUAGUGAAACAGUCUGGAGGAGAUCUUAGACGGGCCAUUACUGCACUGCAAAGUUGUGCAAACCUUAAGGGAAAAGCCAACCAUAUCACCUUGGAGAACGUCUACGAAGUGCUAACGGUGGUACCGAACAAAUGGAUCGAGGAGUUCUUCGAAUUAUGCGCGAAACGAACCGACGUCAAAGAUUUGAUUAAUUUUGUGCAAACGUUGGAGCAACAGGCCUACCCGAACCAAAAACUGUUCGAACAGAUCAACGACGCCCUAAUUGACGCCGUCGACGUGACGGAUGCACAAAAAGCGGAAAUCGGCGAGUACUUGGCCGAGUGCAGUUACCGCAGUACCUGCAGUAGGGCGGAUUUUACUCACUUGUUGGAUUUCGCCGCUAACGUGCAGGAUAUCCUGACGGUACCGGUGGAAGUGAGGAGGCUGAAGGUGCAGGAGGGUGCCGCGCUUUGUGCCGUACAGGGUGUCGCUUGAUUUUUUUAAAAAUAUAUUUCUGCUUUUUUUGA